GCUGUCGGCGCGGAUGCCUUCACCUGGGUCUCUUCAGUGAGCGAGGCGAGGAGAGGCAGUCGGGCUCAGCACCAUAAGGGACUGCUAUAUUUGAGUCUGUCAGGAGGAUGGGAGAGAGAAACUGAGAGUCAGGGCGAGAGAGAGACGGUGCCACAGCAGCGAUUAUUGAAAAGGAGUCCUUAUAUGUUUUGAUUCAGUUCAGGUCCUGAGCAUCAGUUUUCAGUCACACCUAGUUCAACACCUGUUCUGUGGAGAUCAUUUCUGUUUUGAAGGACAACUUCUGAACAGACAGUAGGAGAGUUAAGGCUAAGCUUUAAUGAAGAAACAUCAACGCUGCUGACAACUGCACAAAAAGGGACUGAAGGCCUUUGUGACCAAUGAUGUGGUUGUCAUGGAAACUGUUUCUGUUUCUGUCACUCACUGGCUGUCUUUCAGAGUAUUCAGAAGCUGUUCCUGGUCUCCCCACUUCGUAUGCUGCUAUCUUAAGAAUCAAAUCUGGUAGUUCAUCUUUAGCCUCAUUUAAUUCAAAGAGCAGACCUCGAUUAGGGAGUCCUUCAUCAGGAAGUAUAUCUUCACCAGGCUGGAGAGGAGCUGCCCAACAUUAUCACUCCCCAACAAACCCCUACCACUUUUCAGAGGCCUUCAAACAUGAUGAAAGUGUUGAUUACGGGCCGGUGUUUGUACAAGAACCAGAUGAUGUGAUUUUUCCUACUGAUUCUGAGGAGAAGAAAGUAUCUCUGAAUUGUCAAGCUCGUGGAAAUCCCACUCCCACAUACAGAUGGCUUCGAAAUGGAACUGAGAUCGACAUUGGAAGUGAUUAUCGCUUCAGUUUAAUAGAAGGAAGCUUGAUCAUCAACAACCCCAGUGAAAUGAAAGAUUCUGGACAGUAUCAGUGUUUAACCACCAACAUGUUUGGCAGUAUUUUAAGCAGAGAAGCUGUUCUUCAGUUUGCAUACCUGGGGAACUUCAGUGGUCGGACAAGAAGUGCUGUUUCUGUGCGUGAAGGUCAAGGAGUUGUUCUGAUGUGCUCUCCUCCACUUCAUUCACCAGAGAUCAUCUAUAGCUGGGUAUUUAAUGAAUUCCCAUCUUUUGUGGCAGAAGAUAGCAGACGCUUCAUCUCUCAGGAGACAGGCAAUCUCUACAUCUCCAAGGUGCAAACAUCUGAUGUUGGCAGCUAUAUAUGCCUGGUAAAAAACACAGUAACAAAUGCCAGAGUUUUGAGUCCUCCUACACCUCUGACACUGAGAAAUGAUGGUGUGAUGGGGGAAUAUGAACCAAAAAUUGAAGUCCAUUUUCCUUACACAGUAACAGCUGCAAGAGGAAGUACUGUUAAGAUGGAGUGUUUUGCACUUGGCAACCCUGUUCCAACAAUCUCUUGGAGGAAAGUUAAUGGUCAUAAUCCAAGUAAAGCCCGCCUGAGAAAAUCCCAAGCUGUGCUCGAAAUACCUAAUGUGCAGCUAGAGGAUGCAGGAGUGUAUGAAUGUAAGGCUGAAAACUCUCGUGGAAGAAAUGUCUUCAGAGGACAGCUGCAAGUGUACACCUACCCACAAUGGGUGGAGAAACUUAAUGAUACUCAAUUGGACAGCGGGGAUCAACUCCGAUGGGAAUGUAAAGCCACUGGAAAGCCAAGACCCACAUAUCAUUGGCUGAAAAAUGGAGUUCCUCUCUGGCCACAGACCAGGAUUGAGAUGGUUAAUGGUGUUCUGAUGAUCCGCAGUGUGAAUGUCUCAGAUGCAGGAAUGUAUCAGUGCUUAGCAGAAAAUAAGUAUGGCACCAUUUAUGCCAGCGCUGAACUGAAGAUUUUAGCUUCAGCUCCCACGUUCCCACCAAAUCAAAUGAAGAAAACCAUAAUUAUUACCAAGGGCCAAGAAGUUGUCAUUGAGUGCAAGCCACAAGCUUCUCCAAAGCCAACUAUCACUUGGAAAAAAGGAGACAAAGCAUUAAGAGAGAGUAAGAGGGUAACUAUUCUUCCACAUGGGAGCUUGCGAAUCGUGAAUGCUUCUAAGUCAGAUGAAGGACGUUACUUAUGCCAAGGUGUCAAUGUCUUUGGAUCCGCAGAAAUCAUUGCAUCACUAUCUGUGAAAGAACCUACAAGAAUAGAGCUGACUCCCAAGAAGAUAGAGCUAACGGUUGGAGAAAGCAUUGUCCUCAGUUGCAAAGCCCUUCAUGACAGCACUCUAGAUGUCACCUUCUAUUGGACACUCAAUGGGCAGCCAAUUGACUUUGAAAAAGAAGGUGGACACUUUGAAAGCAUCAAGGCACAAGCAUCCUCUGCAGAUUUAAUGAUCAGGAACAUUCUCCUGAUGCAUGCUGGGAGAUAUGGCUGCAGGGUUCAGACCGCAGCGGACACCGUGUCAGAUGAGACGGAGCUGCUUGUUAGGGGUCCUCCUGGUCCCCCAGGGGUUGUAAUAGUGGAGGAAAUUACAGACAACACAGCAACACUCUCCUGGAGUCCUGGGGCAGACAAUCACAGCCCUAUAUUCCUCUACAACCUACAAGCACGCAGUCCAUUUUCUCUUGGCUGGCAGACUGUAAAAACAGUUCCAGAUGUAAUAACUGGUGACAUGGAGUCUGCCAUGGCUGUUGAACUGAACCCUUGGGUAGAGUAUGAGUUCAGAGUUGUAGCAACUAAUAAAAUUGGGACUGGAGACCCAAGCGCACCAUCGCGAGUGAUCAGAACCAAUGAAGCAGUUCCAAAGACACCUCCAGCUAAUGUAAGUGGCAGAAGUGGAAGGAGGCAUGAAUUAGUAAUAGCUUGGGAGCCCGUGUCAGAAGAGUUUCAGAGCGGAGAAGGAUUUGGAUAUAUUGUAGCCUUCAGACCUAAUGGAACACGUGGCUGGAAGGAAAAAAUGGUGACAUCUUCAGAUGCCUCGAAGUUCAUCUACAGAGAUGAAAGUGUGCCACCUCUUACUCCUUUUGAAGUGAAAGUUGGUGUUUACAACAACAAAGGAGAUGGUCCCUUCAGCCCUAUUGUAGUCAUCUGCUCAGCUGAAGGAGAACCCACUGCUGCUCCCAUCGAUGUCAAAGCUACGAGUUUGUCUGUAUCAGAGAUUCUUGUUGCGUGGAAACAUAUUAAAGAAAGUCUAGGAAGACCGCAGGGAUUUGAGAUUGGUUACUGGAAAGACAUGGAGCAGGAAGAAGCAGCAGAAAAGGUCAAAACUGAAGGAAAUGAGUCAUCCAUUCUCCUGACAGGAUUAGAAGGAAAUACAUUGUAUCACCUAACAGUAAGGGCAUACAAUGCUGCAGGGUAUGGACCACCUAGCGCUGCCGUGCGUGCAGCCACCAAGAAGUCCCCUCCCAGCCAAGCACCAAGCAAUAUCAUGUGGAUACAGGAUGGCUCUCAUGUGUCUCUUGGCUGGGAACCAGUAAGACCUCUAGCUAAUGAAUCUGAUGUAAUGGGAUACAAGGUAUUAUUUAGGCAAGAAGGCCAGAGCAACAGUCAGGUUAUAGAAACACAGAAAACCUCUGCAGUGGUCCUUCUUCCUGAUGUUGGUGUCUACAUCAUUGAGGUUUGUGCUGUCAGUGAAGGAGGUGAUGGUACCGCGAGCCCCCAGAUCAGAGUUCCAUCUUUUUCAGGAGGGAAAGUAACAAGUGCUCAGUCCACCUUACAUGUGUUUUCCACUUCCUCGUCGUCUGUAACAUUGCUCUUGGCUUUAAUGGUUCCUUCAACCUCAUGGUGAAGACUGCAGUCUUUGUUGUUGUUGUUAUUUGUUUGCUCUAGCUUGAUGACACCAAGGGAUGGAGUUUUAUGUCCCUGGAGAAACUGGAAACACAAGCUAAUGCUGAAAGACCCUUAGAAAUGCCUGUGGUGCACUUAGAGGAGUGUCGGAGACAAGUUCAAUAAUUCAUCAGGUUUUCUUCUCUUCUUUAUUUGUAAAAGUCCUCUGGGGAGGGGACGCUUCUUGGCCCAAAAAAUAUGCAGAUUGUAUGUAAUAAACUUUUGUAAGUAAAGGUAAUUCCUGUCAAAUGUACUUUACUUUUUUAAAAUGUUCAAUUUUGGUGACCCCAGUCAUGUAUCAUUAGGUGUUUAAACAGUGGUGUCUAGUACAGUACAUCUGUUUGGUUUGGGGAAGAAAACCCUUUUUUAAACACAGAAUGAAGCCUGAUACGGCUUUGUCAAAUACUUUCCUUGGACCUCCCAUGACUGGCUGUUCCUGAUGACAAGGGAGAAAAAUACAGCUUUGUUAAUUAGCAAAGGAGUUGUCAAUAAAAUACUAGACAGCACACUCAACGUGGCAAAAUGAAGCAGGAAAGCCAUUUAUUUUACUGCAAGGUAAAUGGAAGAUGAUUAAACACAAACUUGAAAGGAAACAAGCUUGGGUUUCUUUAUCAAAUACCACAUGAUUUAAUGUCAAAUGAAUCAAAUAUCUAAUAGCAGAUAAAAAAGAUCAAUUCCUCAUGCAUAUAACAAUGAAAACCCCACUGGGCAUUUAAACACAUAUAGGCUGCUAAGUGGACAAAUAAAGCAAUGAAAGGAGACAAACCUACAGUUUUCCAACCACUUCUCAGCUGUAACUAUGGUGU